UUUAGAGCCAUUAGGGAAAGACUGUCAUGCUGAGAGGACAAGAAAGGGAGGAAGAGGAAGAGAAAACACAAAUAACCGCAUAAAACAGAGGAAGAGGAAGAAGAGACAAGAGAGAAGAAAGGAAGAGGAGAAGGAUAAGAAGAGCUAGAGAGUGAAAUAAGACGCCUAGGAGAAGAGAAGAGGAGGAGAGAGGAGAUAACAACGAGGUGCCGGAGAGGGACACACACACCUGUCCACACGCGUCCACAGGUUGUCAGGAUGUUUGGGGUCAGCACGGGUCAGCGGGUGAUGCUGGUGUGGAGUCAGCCAGUCAACGCUGAGGACCUGCAGAGCCUGGUGACUGACAUCAAGUCCACCAUUGGGUCCGAGGGCAAAGUCUCCGUCGAGAACUCCGAGAUGCUGUCCUCGUCUGCUCACCCCGGCAGCUCCAUCGAUCAUGUCCUGGCCUGUGUGUUGCCGCCCUUCCUCGCCGAAUGCCCCAGCAACGUACUAACCGAAGCGCUCCAAGUCAUACGCCCCGGUGGCAGCCUCACGUUACGCACCACAGCCCCGUCGACACUCCGCUCCGCCCUAAUCCUCGCCGGCUUCACCUCCGUCUCCCAAACCGGCGACGCGAACCUAACCGACGAGCAGAAACGUGACCUCUCAGAAUCCGUCGUCGAGGUCACGUGUAAGAAGCCAAAUUUCGAGGUCGGGUCAUCGCUUCGUCUCCCAGGGGCGAAGGACGCACCUCAAACGACCUGGAGUCUCAACCUCGACGACGACCUCGACCUCGAUAACCCCGAUGACCUGCUAACGGAGGAGGACUUGACCCGGCCUGACCCUGCGAGUUUGAAGGUGUGCGGGACGACUGGACAGCGUAAGGCGUGUAAGAACUGCGCCUGUGGUCUGAAGGAGGAGCUGGAGGGGGAGGAGCAGGUGAAGAAGGAGGAGGAGAGGAAAAACUUCAAGUCAUCAUGUGGGAGCUGCUACCUCGGCGAUGCUUUCCGCUGUGCCUCGUGUCCUUAUAUGGGUAUGCCCGCGUUCAAGCCCGGGGAGAAGGUGAAGCUGUCCGAUACCACUCUCAAGGACACCACCUGAGCGGGGACACCUGUUACAUCUGGCCUGGCGCUCGUUAAGGUGAGGACAGGUGACUCAGGGGUUGUUUUUUCCUUGUGUUUCAUGUUACGGGAAGCUGUCCGAUACCACCCUCAAGGACACCUGUUACACCUCUCCCGGCGCUCGUUAAGGUGAGGACAGGUGACUCAGGGGUUGUUUUAUCUCUGUGUUUCAUGUCAGGUUCUAUUUUGAGGCUGUACCAAUUUUAGCUUUUAUUUUAAGUUCGGUUUCGUAAUGUUGAUAGUCGAAAUUAAGUUCAUAUACCUUAUCUGAAGACCCUUAGUCCAUACACCUGUCUCAGUGCUCAUUAAGGUUAGGACAGGUGAGUCAAGCUAUAUUACCUUUAUCUUUUAUGUUCAGUUUGACUUUAUAAUGUUCAUAGUUGAAAUUCAGUUCCGUUACCUCAUUUUAGCACCUGUAACACAUAUCUCAGAGCUCGCUAAUAUUCGGACAGGUGAUUUAGAGGUUUCGUUAUUCCUAUCUUUCAUCUUAAGUUUGAUUUCGUAGUAUUUAUAGUCAAAAUUCGGAUACCUUUUUGUAACACACGUAAUACCUGUCUCUCAUCUCGUUAAGGUUAGGACAGGUGACUCAGAGGUUAGGUUUUCUUUAUAUUUCACAAGUUUUAAAAUGGUGACACGGCUUAUACUAUUGUUGCCCCAUCCUUUAGCUCCUUUCAGAAUGGUUACACAGCUUUUACAAGUGUUCUCCCUUCCUUUCAUUCCUUAUAAAACGGUCUCAUGGCCUUAAUCUUCCUCCCAUUAACUUACCUUCAUGGGAGUCACGGCCGUAUUUUAAGACACCAUCGCUUCUCACAUCAACUAUUUCUAAAGGUCAAAGAGGGGAUCAAUCGAGUUUUCAUGAGUGCUUUUUAAGGUUCAUGGCACAGAAGAAGGGUCAAACUACCACCAGGGUCAUAAAGCUACCCCUGGAAAGGCCUACAGCUCCUACGAAAGCCAUGUCAAAUAUGUGAACUUGGGCAACGAAAUGUUUUAAAAUACAACCUUCAGGGUCGCCAACAACAGCCAUGACCCUUCCUUUAGUUCCUUUCAAAAUGGUUACACAGCCUUUACUGAUGUCCUCCCUUCCUUUCGUACCUUCCAAGAUGGUUUCAGGGUCGUUAGCUUCCUCCCCUUAACUUACCUUCAUGGGAGUCAGGGUCACCAACAACAGCCAUGACCCUUCCAUUAGUUCCUUUCAAAAUGGUUACACAGCCUUUACUGAUGUCCUCCCUUCCUUUCGUACCUUCCAAGAUGGUUUCAGGGUCGUUAGCUUCCUCCCCUUAACUUACCUUCACGGGAGUCAGGGUCACCAACGACAGCCAUGAUGAAAUAAAAGGGUUACGUGUGAGGGUAGCAUUAACUGAAAUUGCGAGGCAAGAGUUGACAGCAUAGUUAUAAGUACAGCGCAUAGGUAUAUGUUUUGUACAUAGAUAGACUACUAUACUACAUUCCCAGCCUGAGGAACAUGUAAUAAACUAUAUCUGAUGA